AUGGCAAGCCACCCUGAAAAGCUGGCUGGCCGGUUGGAUGCGGUGCAACAUGCAUCCUCCUCAUCCAGUGAAACCCAACAAGAGGGUAUUGUCAACCUACCAUUCAGUGAAAAGGGCUCCGAUAAGGACGACCAACUCGAACAUCCCGGCCCCGAUGGCCGCAUCAUACUCACCGAGGAUAUGUGUUACGAUAAACUCGGUUACUCCUAUACCGAGACUCGCAAGUGGUUGAUCAUCUCCGUCAUCUUCUUGGUCCAGGUCUCCAUGAACUUCAACACCUCUCUUUACUCCAAUGGUCUCGCCGGUAUCUCUGAGGAGUUUGGCGUCUCCAUGCAGGCCGCCCGCUGCGGUGCCAUGAUCUUCCUCGUCCUCUAUGCCUUUGGUUGCGAACUAUGGGCCCCCUGGAGUGAGGAAUUGGGUCGCAAGCCCAUCUUGCAGGCUUCGCUUUUCUUCGUCAAUGUCUUCCAGCUCCCAGUCGCUCUGGCCCCGAACUUUGCCUCAAUCAUGGUGGGCCGUGCGCUUGGUGGUCUCUCCUCUGCUGGUGGUUCCGUCACUUUGGGUAUGAUUGCCGAUCUUUGGGAAGCCGAUACUCAACAGUACGCCGUGGCCGCUGUCGUCUUCUCCUCUGUCGGUGGUUCUGUCCUAGGACCCGUCAUUGGUGGCUUCGUCGAGGCCUUCUUGCCGUGGCGAUGGAAUAUCUGGAUUCAGUUGAUCUUUGGAGGUUUUGUGCAGGUGAUGCACUUUUUCCUCGUCCCCGAAACCCGAACCACCGUUCUCAUGGACCGUAUCGCAAAGAAGAUGCGCGAGAGUGGCGAGAACCCCAACAUCUACGGCCCAACCGAGGGCAUGUCCUUCCGCGAACGGUUCCCUCCUCGUGAAUUGAUGAUGACCUGGUAUCGCCCGUUCAAGAUGUUCCUCACUGAGCCCAUUGUCUUGGUUCUUUCUCUUCUCAGUGGUUUCAGUGAUGCUCUGAUUUUCAUGUUCAUUCAGUCUCUGGGUCUGGUCUAUGACCAGUGGAACUUCACCCCCUGGGAGAAGGGACUGGCCUUUAUCCCCAUCCUCGUCGGCUACUUCAUUGCCUGGUUCUCUUGGUUCCCCAUCAUUCGUCGCAACACUAAGGAGCGCCACGAAAACCCCGACAAUGAGCGCGCACAGUAUGAGUCUCGCCUCUGGUGGUUGUUGUAUACCGCUCCUUGCCUGCCUAUUGGCCUUAUUGGCUUCGCCUGGACCAUUUUGCCCCAGUGCCACUGGAUUGGUUCCAUGAUCUUUGCUGCGGUCAUUGGUAUUGCCAACUACGCGAUCUACAUGGCCACCAUUGAUUACAUGAUUUGUGCCUAUGGCCCUUACUCGGCUUCGGCUACUGGUGGUAAUGGAUGGGCUCGAGACUUCCUGGCUGGUGUUCUCACCAUCCCCGCGACACCGUUCUUCGAGAACAUCGGUGGCAAGUAUCAUCUCGAAUAUGCCUCGACUAUUCUCUUCUGUAUUUCGGUGCCGCUGGUCGUUGCUGUUUAUAUCAUCUACUGGAAGGGCCCCACCCUCCGUGCGCGCUCGCCAUUCGCGCAACGACUUUCGGAAGCCCGUCACGAAAUCGACGUGAACAUUCACAGCCGCCGGGCGUCCAAGGUCCCCGCGGCCUCCCGCGCCAACUCCUACGCACGGUCCCAACAAGAUCUCCGCAUCCGGGGAAGUCGCCCUGGAUCGCGGGUCAACUCUCGGGCCAACUCCCGAGUGAACUCGCGUGCCAACUCGCGCCGCAACAGUUUGGUAGCCUGA